AUGAUUGUAAGCACUUCUUCGUCGUCAAGAUGGAUUCCCACUCUUCUCAAAGCACUCUCAUGCCCAAAUAAUGCCAAUAUAUUUGAUAACAAAAGAUGGAGAACAAAUGCAAAUUCUCAAAUCGUUGUGGGUGAUGAAAUGACGAGCAACCAAACCAUUUCUCAAUGCAGCAAACCUAUGCAAAAUCUCACUUCCGACCUUUGCCAUAGCUCUGUCCAGGUUUUCAACCACUCUCCCGCUACAAAUGCCGUACAGGAUGUUCAGCCAGGCCCUGUUGACAGUGCAAACACCAUCCAAGAGUCCCUGCAACAAUUGAGGAUUGUGCCAACUAAUACAAAGAUGGAAAAAGAGCUUGCGCCGGUCACACUCGAACACAGGACAGAGACGGAACGCGUUUUCACUAUUUUCUCUUCCUUCCCUAAGGAGGUACAGCUCCAAAUAUGGAAAGAAGUAAUUCUCCAAGAUGAUCUCUGCCAUGUUACCGAAGUGUUCUACGUUUCAGAUUCAAAUACGGCACAACCAAAUCCUCGAUUCGUUCCAAACAGACAACCUUCUCCCCUCUUUUUCACCUGCCGAGCCUCACGUGAAGUGGCCCUCGAAGAAUUUAAUACUAUUUUUUUGCGAUACGGAUACAAAGACCUCCUAGCUCCAUCUAUACCUGUCUACUCUCGGUGCUUUGAUGUCAUUUAUCUCCAAUACAAGUCUGUAACCAAUCGCUCCCGCGACUUCACGCAAAACGUUCUUGAUGCACCAUAUAUUGUCCUCAAUGCCGUCAAUCAAGGUAUCACAAAGCUUGCGGUCAAUUUAUGUUAUUGGUCAUGUCAGGCUUUGCUCCGAGAAUUCGAUAUCUUCAAGAAGCUCGAUCAUUUGUAUAUUGUGGUUGAAGAUCCGGAUGGUGUCGAACCGCAUCGUUACAACACAGGUUAUGUUCCUAAAGGAAGACGCUUGUGUAUGUGCAAAGAGCUUUCGGAGUCUAGGAAUAUUUCCUUAGAAGAAAGUCAGAUACUUCCUACAUUGAAACAGAUCUUUGCACACAUGCAAAAGGACGACCCAGAUUGGGUACCGCCAACUGUGGAGGUGGUGGGUAUGAGGGCAUUGUAAAAUAGUAUUCGAGAGGCGUUGACUGGAUAAUUCACGAUAGGCACACUGAUACGACGAUGGGCGUGCUCUGGGGGAAGAAAGUGCCGAGUUCAACAUUUGGGAACAGCGAUUUACCAAUCGACAAAGAUCCAUUAUCAAAAUUAUGCCGACACAGGAAAAAAUCCAAUUUGAUGCAAUGUCUCGAGAAUCGAAAUUCUAAAUGUGCGUUCCGCGAAAGGAAUCUUAUCAUAUUUUAGGAUAGGUGUCACAAGCAAGCGAGGGCACAGUAGUUGGUAUCAUACCUCUAAAUUCAUCCGCCUACUUCAAGUGAGGAAAUGAAUGGUCUAUAUGAAUGACCACACAUGCAUUGAUUGUGUGGUGUUCUGAAACUUGCAUUUGAUACUUCCUCCAAGAAUAGCAUUGAUCUGCGUGUGAUUACAGACUGAGACAGAGUAUAGGCUCUCCCACCUAUAGCAGCAAUAAUUCUUUAUGAUAGUCCUUGCUCUUCACAAAGAUAUCUGAGACCAACGCCUUCAUCUUAUGGAGAUAUCCGCAAGCCUGAGUAUAAUUCGAUCUUGUGAAUAAAACAACAUGCUGACCAUGAAAGAAAAGUGACGGGCAGCUUGAUGUUGUUCAUCAUGGACAAUGUAGCGGCGGCUCUAUGCAGAUGAGAUACCAAUAAUACAGGAUAAUUUAAAGCCGCAGGUUGAAGCUAAUGCAAGCACCCGAGGUUCCCUGUAGGUUCAGAUUCCCGCCCGCACUUUUUCAAAUAUUGGGCUAGUUAUGGUCGAUGGUGCACCUCCUAGAUGCUUGGUAGAUUCACACCGCCACCAUAUCAAACACAAAAUCGCUAGAAGUCAACACCUUCUCACGCUCGCGGUGUUCUCUGAGAAACUCACGCACUCUUUGGUCCCUUGUCUCGAUGACCACGAUUUCGAGAUGGUAAUGCAACGAGUCUGGAAAAUCUUAAAUAUUACCUGCGCACCCAAUGAUACUCAAAGAUCAGCUCCCAGCACCAUGCAGAUCCUCCCCGGGUUGAAGGACUUCAGAUUAGAAGUGGGUCGGCUUGUACAGGUUACUAGAUGAUCGGGUGGAAGAUGAAGUGGAUUAUUCGUCGGCGAUCAGGCUAUGCAGGCUUUCUAUGAUAACUGCAGGGAACUCGAUAUCUCACCGAUUGAGAUUAUUGAGAAGUUCCACGCGAUUUCUCGGAUUGGAGGAGAGGUGGUGUGGAAUUAUGCACAGUCAGAUUCAUGGGUCUCGCGUAUCUGAGUUGAGAAAGGACUAGUAGGUGGUAGGUUUGAGGAAUAGUGGCAUUAUAUGAUUGGCGAUUGGAUCAUGAAAGCUGGAUGUCGGUUAGAUGAAGGGAAUCAUUUCAAACUUAGGGAUAUUGUAGUUAUCGAUUCCAAAAAUCAUGAACCACUCUGACGUUACAGCUAUUACACCAUGCAAAUGAUGCUUGAGCAUGAUGAGAUAUCUAAUGUAGACUCCCAAAAUUCCUGCACCUUCUGUAUUCCUACCUGAAUGAAGCCCCCCG